CCCUCUCAUCUUUCACCAAAGCAAGACCAAGGACUGGCCUUUACUCCAAAAAAUGAACUGGAGUUUACUCCCGAUUGUAUUCUUCUCGGGUCUCACGAGGCCUUCGCCUUUGCACGACUUGUUGAAGGAUGCGGUUAGAGCCUGUGUACUGGGCCUGAAAAGUCGAAAUUCUUUCCCCCUUCCUCCUUCAAAAGAUGUCUGGGGAUCUAGUUCCAGUCAGCUUCAAGGAAUAGCCUCUCAUGGUGCAUGAAAUAACCUUGAUCGCGAUGAAUCUGUUUUGCGUAAAGCUAUAUAGUACGACAUUCAAGAGGCCGUCGGUUUCCAAAAGGACUGCAUCGGAUUUCUGUAGAGUCACCUUCGCGACUAUCAGGAAUAUGUGGACCUAUUCCUAGUCGACUUUUACCGGAAACUCAGUGAAGGUCACGCAGGAUGGGCAUUGGGUGCAGGUUAGAGAAUCGCGGCCAUCGUUAUGAGUGGGACUACAAACUUCCUCCGAGUCCCUCCAAUGAAGUACACGCCUAUCACACGUAUUCCGUCUGUCCCUAAUCUGGGCGCUGCAUUCGUACUCGAUACAUCCUCAACAGGCCCCUCCCACCGAUUAAUCACCAAGCUACCUUCAUGGAGAACUGCUUGCAGAGCAUGAGAACUUGGUACCAAGGGCCCUAGAGAUCUCGUCCAUUAAGUCCCUACUAUUCGUUACAAAAACCAGAGCUUCGAGGAAGAAAAAGCGACCACUGCAAUUACCACCGGAUUGGAUUGGGAACAAGUUAGACAUCUUUAUACGGACUAGGCAUCGCUGUCCUUUUACUAACCGAAGCCUGGGAUUCUUCGGUAUAGCUAGUCAUUCUUGAAGUCCUAACAAAACCACUUCAAUUUUCCACGAAACAUCGUCAUGUGCCACUGGUGUUUCCCAGCUAGAGUGAUAGAAUUGUCAUCUGCUUUGACUGAGAAGCAUCCCCGCAUUGAGGGUCACGGACUAGUACCUCAUCGCUCACUGAAACCCUCCCACCUCCCACCAUGGUAUCCACAGACCUCGAAAACUGGCUUCCUCCACCUGAGACCCACGCAGAACUCGACUGGGCCCCACUUCUCACUCUUGACCUGUCCCGCUUUGACAAACCGGGAGGAAAAGAAUCCUUGGCUGCGGAAUUAAGGGACGCUUCCACGAGUUGGGGUUUUUGGACGGUAAUUAAUUCCGGUAUCCCGCAAGCCUUAGUCGAUCGCCAUUUCGCCAUCGCCAAUAUGUUCUUCAAUCAGUCUAUCGACGAGAAGAAGAAGGUUGUUACUGAUUAUGAGGGUGGUGGAAGCCAUUUUGGUUAUCGGGUACCAAGAGUAAUGGAAGUGGGCGACGAACACGGCGAGAAGAAGCACAAAGUGUUACAGAAUGUUGAAAUGCUAAACAUUCCAAAAAUACCUUCCCUGGAUCAAGAAAUGACUGAACCUCUCCACGACGUGAUCAAAAAGUACCGCAGCGACAUAGCUGAGUUUCAGAAACUUUGUUACGAAAAAGUUUUACGUCGCCUGCUCGUACUCAUCGCCAUCAUUCUGGAACUACCGGAAGACUAUUUUGUCGAACGGCACGAUUUUUGCGCUCCUUCGGAAGACCAUAUCAGAAUGUUAAAGUACCAUCCCCGUUCGGAAGAAGAGGACAAGAAAAUGAAGGAUACAUGGCUAGGGGGUCAUACAGACUUUGGGUCCUUGACACUACUUUUUAGCCAACCUGUCGCGGCGUUACAAAUACUAGCACCCUCCAAUGAGUGGAAAUGGGUGAAACCCGUGGAAGGGGGUAUAACCUGCAAUGCAGCGGACGUGAUGUCCUUCCUGACAAAGGGAUACAUCAAAAGCAGUAUUCACCGCGUCGUUCGUCCACCGCCAGACCAGGCUCACCUACCCAGAAUCUCCUUAAUUUACUUCUUGAGGCCAGGUAACGAUGUACCUAUGAUCCCCGCGCCUAGCCCGGUCCUUCUACGGAAGGGACUGAUCGGGAAGGAGGAGGUCAAUGAGGAGGAAAUUGUGACAGGGUAUGAGUAUGUACGUGCCCGCGCUGGGUACUUCAAUACUCGCAAGACAUGGAAGGUCGGCCAGAAAGGGCAAGCAGAGAAACCGGUUUUCAAAGUCAAGCACUUGACCGUUCAAGAUUACUACGUUUGAUUUGGCGACAGAAGAGACUAAAGCGAGUGUUCUGGACUGAUUGCUGUAGAACAUCUGCCAGUGUAUGAUACGGUCGGCGAAAGCCUUUGGGUUUGCAUUCCUGCUAACAGGAGGACCUCGAGGUGGGAUAAUAAGAACCGUG